AAGUAAAUUUGUUUUAUAAAUUUUUCCUUUAAAAAUUUAGUUUUGAUGGCUUCAGUAAAUAAAUGUCGUGCUUGCAUAUCGUCCUUGGACGAGUCUAUUAUGAAUUAUGACAUGAAAAAGAUUCCAGUACUUGCGCAAAAGUUUGUGUCAUGUACAGACUUAAUCGUGUCCGAAGAUGAGCCAUUGCCCACUGUACUAUGUCAGGAUUGCUUUGACCAGCUGGAGCAGCUGUACAAAUUUCGAGCCAAAUGCAUUGCGGCGGAUACAAUGUGGCGCAGAGAAAUGUUAGCGUUCUGCGAUGAAGUCGAAUUGGAGUCUAUUGUUGAGCUGGAGAUAGAAGAGGAGCCACAACCAGCUAGCCCAGUUGAAGUGACUGAGCUGGAAUUGCCUGUUGUGUCAGAGGCGGAAAUUGAAGUCAUUGACAUUAAAGCCGAGUCAGACAUGGACGAAGGAGAACCGCCUUCCGACGAUGAUGCAAAUCUAGAUAGUCUUGAAACAAAAUCAGACGAAGACGACGCAGAUGCAGAUGAAACAUGCUCCCAGGAAGAUACAGUUGAAAUGGAAGUUCUGGAACUAAAUGCAGAGCCGGAGGGCGAGCCAGAAUCGAAAUCAGAAGAACCAAAAAUGAAAAUAUAUAAAUGUGAUUUCUGUUCGGUUCAGUUUUUGGAUCUAAAUCGGCUUCAUACACAUCAUCGUCAGCACGGUGUAAUGCCUUUUCCCUGUCCAGAGCCGGACUGCGAUCGUGGCUACAGUCACAAACACUCGCUGAAGUUGCAUAUACGAAAGGCCCACAACAAUGGCAAGGAGCCCAAGCCGCAUGUUUGUGAAUUCUGUGGCAAAAUGUUUGACACUAUGUCCGUCUUAAAGAACCAUCGCUUUACGCACAAAGACAAAUCAGAGUUGCCGCAUCAUUGCGAAGAGGAAAACUGCGACCGUCGUUUUGCAACCAAGCAAUUGCUUAAGGUGCAUAUGAUGCGGCAUGCCGGCAUAAAGAACUAUACCUGCUCCUUUUGCGGCGUGCAGAAGACAACACGCACGGAACUUAAGAUUCAUCUAAACUAUCAUACGCUGGAGAAGUCCUACAGCUGUUCCAUCUGCGGAAAAAUAUUGUACAGCUCCAGCAAUCUUAGCAAGCACAUGCGCAAGGUGCACGAGCAGGGACAGAAGUACGAGUGCAGCUACUGUGGACGCACCUUUACACAGCAUGAUAUACGCGACCAACAUGAACUUAUCCACACUGGCGAGAAGCCGCAUGAAUGUGAGGAAUGUGGAAAGCGUUUCCGACAAAAGUCAGCACUCCGCACGCAUGCCAAAAUCCAUAAACGCAAAGCAGCUGAAAAAGCUGCUGGACCUUCUGAAAAGGUGGUUAAGAAAGAGGUUAUUCUGGAUGUUAAGGAUGAGUUUGAAAAUGAAGAGUAUCUGCAUAUUGAAUGAAAGCUUUCAACUCUAUAGAUUACAAUUUGUAAUAACA